CGGAACUGUUUUGUUGUAGCAUAGGCAAGCGAUUGAUUGGGUCACAUACCAAAAAAAAAAAAAAAACAAAAGCACUGUCAUAUUUACCUAAGUAACUGCAAACGUUUCAAAUACAUUUCUUCAAAUCGAUAUUAAAACGAAACAAAUAUAUUUUAAAUGUUAUGUGUGAUAGGUGCAAGGAAGACCCUGCACCGAAGAACAUGAUGAUAACUGUGAAGAAAAGAACCGACCAGUGGGAGAACGAGGUAACGACGAUAGCUGAACCUCCCGACGAAGAAAUCGCAAUAUCAUAUGGAGACCGUUUUAUACCCCGGCGUUUUUUGCUUCCAACAUGCGAAAGAAACCUGAAGUUUUCGGCUAUUAAGCCCAUUAGGGAUGUUCUACGAUUGUGUACGAACGAAAACUAUUGGAGAGAAAAUACACUUAUUCCAAUGAUUAACCACAUAGCUGAGAUGAUAGAUGGCCGGAUUUAUAGUCUAACGGACCCUGUCGUAAAGUCAACAGGUUUUAUAGCUCGGACACAAUAUCGAGACCGGAGUAACAACAUGGGUUUGGAUUGGCCAUGCAAACCACGUGCGAAACCCUGUGCCCAUUCCGACAUAACGUUUGACUUGCCCGACUACGAUUCUUCAUGUGAACAGAAUUUGGUUGACUGGUCCUCCAGAGGACAAAUUGCUUUGUCAUUUGGACACGAUGUCAUUAUAUGGCAAAGUAAAGUGGAUAUCACAAUGGCGUUCAACAUUAAAUGUCCGAGAUCAUUGGCAUAUAGUCCAUCGGGCGAAUUUCUAGCUAUAGGCUGCAAGUCUGUUGGGUUCCCUGCUCUUGAACUUUGGGAUGUUUCGUGUACUGAUGACUUCUCCGUUGUAAGUGGAAAGAUAUUUCAUAAAAAGUACGGAGAUGUCCUUUGCAUUGAGUGGACCGUAUCUGGUAAACAAAUUGUAAGUGGCACACGCUAUGGAACAAUGUACAUCCUAUCCGUUCCAGAGCUGAAUACACUAAAGAAAAUACGGAAGCAUCAUCUACCUAUAACAAUUAUACGUUUUUCGCCCAAUAUGCGCUACUUGGCUGCGGGAGAUGCUGAGGGUAAUAUAGUAGUAUACAACUGGAGUAUGUGCACACCGUAUCUUUUUGUAAAAUCGAGACGAAAAUUGAGCGUUGUCUUUGACUGGCAUCCCUGGACUGGUGUCGACUUGGCGAUUUCUGAAGAUGUACCGGCCUCUAUUGUUUUACUGCAUGUUCCGAGUAAACGAAUCGUUGCCUAUUACCAACAAAAUAAUAAAAAGUUCUCCAUUAAUUCCAUAUCAUUUAGCAAAGUAACAGGCGAAUUGUUGGUCAGUACUUCAGUUCGAGAUGGCGGCGUUUGUAAUGAUUUUAAAGUGUUAGUAAUGUCUUCGCUGGACCGAAUUGUAGACAUUCUCAGGGUAACUGAUGGCGGAGCCAGAUUUCUCACAUGGAGCCCUGAUGGCACCAGAGUUGCGACCACGGGCAGCGAUGAGACGCUUACAAUGUGGAAAUUCUGUCCGACAAAAAGAGAAAAAUAUUUCAAGCGGUUGAAUGGCCCCAAGGAGAAAAGUUCCAUUGAUGCCAAAUAUGGGAGCCAAUUCAGAAAGUGGACCACCCUGAAGUAGCUUUGUUAUUAAUUUAAUAUUAAAAAUCACAAAAAAUUUGCGUCAGUUGAGAUAUGGUUAGGGCUUUUUAUUGUAAUUCUGUAAUUGAUGUAUGUGUACAAUAAAGUCAAGAGUUUUAUUCAA